CACCUGACUCUUCCUCGUUUUGGAGCUCGUGUCGACAAGUGAAAAUGGCCAUAAUAAUGGCUCGGCUUAAUGCAGUUGCACGAAAAAUAAACCAUUCUCUCAUUGAUCGUGUCAAAGUGUCAAAGUGUAGAAUACAGGAUACAUCACAAACAGUUUAUUAGAAGUUAAAUAUUUAUUAAUUUCAGGAACAAAAGUAUCUUUGUGGGAACAUAUCCAAUAUGGUUAAACUGUAGGCCUAUCUGUAUUUGAGGAAUCUUGCUGACCAGCAAUUAUCAUAGAGUGCAUCAUGAUUUGGUGUAUGAUUUAAUUAGCACGGUCCAUUUACUACUUUUUUGUUAGUAUAAAAUACGUCAGACUGCAUUGUAAGCUAAUUUCAUUUUUCUUUCUUGGUCGUUGAUCUUGUCCAACACUCAUCAUGUGGUUUAAUUCAUUUAUGGCACUGUCCAUUUACUUUUUCUACAGCGUAAGCUGAUUUUAUCCCUCUUCCUCCAUUGAGAUUGAGAUUUGAGGUUUCAGCCAUCAUCUAAAACAACACACAAAUUUAACUUGCACAUAUCGGGGCUGUCAUUGUCAGCAGUCCCAGUUUUGGGAUGUAUUUUAUGUUACUUGCAUUUUUGUGGUGGUCUUAGAUUUUUCAAGUUCAAUUAUUCAGCAAGUGCAUUGGGUAUGUGAGUAAUAACCGAUUAAUUGGACCGGUUUUAAUCAUGCCGUUAUCACAUUUGCUCAUUCUCUUAGUCUUGUUUUUUUUUUAAAUUUUUACUGUUUCAACAACGUUCGCAAAAAAAGGCCAUGAGACGUGAGGCUAUUACAUCCUUGGUUUAUGUCAUGAUAGUGGCCGUAAAUAGUUUUACCGGGUUGUUAAAGAUAAAAAUUUCGAAUGAAAGAAGUCCCCGCCAUUUCCUCAUGUUGUGAAGAUAUUCUAACAGGAGAAAAACUUGUAAUAGUCUUCUUAACAAUUUCUGCCUUUAAUGUGGAACUUUGCCAAGAAUUUCAAUGGAUUUCUUGCUUCCUGUUUUGGCAUGGAGUUGUUGUACACCAUAGCACAUCCCAUUCUUAUUGAUAGGAAAGUUAUUAAACUGGUUUCUUUGCUAUCCUGUACUUGUUGCUGAAUUCGAUUUAACCUUCAUUUCUCUUUCCUCUACAAGUUUUUAGGUGUGGUCAGAAUGAAAAAUAAAAAGGGGGGAAACACAAACUUCGUUGAUGACCAUUUUGUCCUUCAGCUGAUGGGUAUAAGAUUGUUAGAUGACAGCCCAACCUGACGAUUACUUCUCCAGACUCGCACUGACGAACUGGACACCAUGAAGAGCACUAUUACAUGCAUUUUGGUUUUAUUGGCUCUGACCUGCACUCGAGCUAGAAAUGUUAAUUAUCCAGCCAGUCUACCCGAUAUUUCGUCACCUUCGUUGCCCAGUCGACAGUGGAUUACACAGGACGGGCAGGGCCAGGCCAGUUUCGGCUAUGCUUACCCCGGCCAGGCUGCCAGUAACGUUCGUGAUUCUGCUGGUAACAUGGCCGGUUCUUGGGCUUAUGUCAACCCAGAAGGGAAAUUGGUCAACGUCUCCUACACCGCCGAUGAACGAGGUUUCCGCGUCUCCUCCAAUGUUUUGCCAGCAGCAGCCGCUCCUGUGGCCGAUUUGGCAGUAGAACCAGUUGUGACCGGCCUCAAUCCUGCUAAGGCUGCCUCCUCUCCAACGGACGACGACAACUGCAUCGUAAACUUUCCAGUCCGUUCGAAAAGACAAGCUGAUGAAGAAAUUGGGCCUGAUGCAACGAACUUUGGAACUAGUAUUAAAAAUGAAAUGGGAGGGUCAGUCCCAUCGUUUCCAACAAUGGACGAAACGGGCCGGAAUCAGUACCCUUUCAUGGUGGCGUUGCUGAAAUACGACGAGACGUCACGGCGAUACAAGUUGAUCUGCGGUGGAUCGUUGAUUAGCGCCACUAAAAUCCUGACCGCUGCCCAUUGCGUCAUCAACGAUAAAAAGGUUCCAGCGUUUGACAAAUUGCUGGUCAAACUGGGCAUGCACUUUUUGAACGAAACGGCAGACGAUGCCACACUCACGAUGCGAAUCAAUCAGGUGGUUAUUCACGAAAAUUAUGACCAAGAAACAAAGGUCAACAACAUCGCCAUUGUGACGCUCGAGUCGCCCGUCAAAUUCACGGACAGAAUUUCGACCGUCUGCCUGCCGAAAGCGUGCCACCGAGGCGACUCUUCCGGCUACGCGCUGACUCUAGGAUGGGGAAACGCCAAGGAAGGAGAAAGAAAUUCGGAUGUCCUCCGCCAAACGAACGUUGAGAUGGCCAGCAACCAAUGGUGUACUGAAACUCACAUGCGCAGAAAUGAAUUAGCCGACCACAUGAUGUGCGCCAUUGCAACUCGAGAAUUUUGUCAGAAUUACGACGGCGGCCCGUUGAUCCUGCGAGAAUUCUUAGUCACCCAAGACUGCCCCUGGGUUCAAUUUGGCAUUCUGAUUCACGCAAGUGGAUGCUCUGGAAGGGAUGAGCCGAGUGUUUACACCCGAUUGACGUCAUUCUGGACCUGGAUCGAUGAUAAGGUGAAUCCGUGACAAUAACAAAAGAUAAUUUGAUUCGAUUGUGUCGUGCCUGAUUAUUUUCUAUAUGUUAUGGCUUCAAAUCUAUUUUUCAUUUUGUUACACAAAACAAUUUGAUUGGCAAGAAACUAAAGUUGCGCUUCCUAAUUGGUGUAAUCAACAAAUUGAAGAAUACUCAGUUUAAAAAUAAAAUUUGUCCAAAGGUUGUCUCUAAAAA